ACAUACACACAUACACACAUACACACAUAUAUACCUACAUAUCAACCAGCCAGCCAGCCAGCCACAAUGCAUCUCACCCUCCCCCCAUCCCUCCUCCUCCUCCUCUGGACCUCUCUAUCCCUCCACCCCGCCUCCUCCGCCGCAGCCAAGCCCCCAAACGCCAUCCUCCUCUCAGACGUACAAUCCCUAAUCCUCCGCGGCGCCGGCGCCCACACCAAACACAGGCGCGUGUCCCCCAUCCCCCAGCUGCGCUGCGUCUCUUCCCCGGCCAUAUGCCGCCUCCACGAGAUCGACGUGAUGCGCUGCGCGAACCAGGGCUCCGGCUACGACCCCCAAGACAUCCAGUGGUCGUGCACCGCCUCGCUGCCCCCCGAGCUCAAGCUCGGCAGCACCGACGUCCUUUGCGAGGGGUACUCGUCCCCCGACGACCCGUACGUGUUGAAAGGGAGUUGCGGCGUCGAAUACCGCUUGCUCCUGACCGAGUCCGGCGAGGCCAGGUUUCCGGAUAUCGCCGAGACGGGAGGAGGAGCAACGGGGCCGAAGACUAUGUCGGAGAAGAUUGCUGCUGCCCUGUUCGGCGUCGUGUUUGCCCUUGUCUGUAUGAUUAUAAUCUAUUCCGCCUGCGUGAACGCUAGGAAUGCGCCCAAUGCUCCGCGGAGACCGAGGGAUACCCGUUGGGGGGGAGGAGGCGGCGGAUUUGAUCCGGGUUUCGGGCCCGGCGGAGGUGGUGACGACUGGAAUGACCCCCCGCCGCCUUAUCCGGGGUCUAAGUAUUCGUCUACGACGGGAAACCAAAGUUGGCGGCCUGGAUUCUGGACUGGGGCUGCAACUGGGGCUGCAGCAGGAUAUGCGGCCGGUAGUCGACGGUCCGGACCGGAUAGGCGAAGUUCUAGUUACGAAUCAAGGGCAGGCCCGUCUGGCUCGUCAUCACAGUCGACAUCCUCUGCUAGAUAUGAAGGUACAGGAUUUGGUUCAACAAGCCGAAGGUAGCAGACAAAAGGACACGAUCAGUCACAAUAUUAUAUAAAAUAGGAG